AAAGAGGGACAUAAAAUCACUCUCAGUGUCUAUAAGUGUUGAAGAAAAUAACCAAGAGCUCUUCAAAAUAGAUUCACUGGAGCGGGAGUUUACACAUCAAUGAUGAAGAUCCUCCUCCUCUUCUUCACCAUCCUGAUCAUGGGUCAUGUGAGCUGUACUACAGACAAUGUGACUGGCAUCACAGGAGGAAGUGUCAUUGUUACAUUUAAAACCCCAGAAAAUUCUAGACAGAGUCCAAAAAGCUUUUGUAAAAAGACAGAUGAUGAGUGUACAACCGUGACAACGGCACAAGAUCAUUUAUGGAUUCCUGACAAGAGAUUCUCAAUGACUGAAAAUAAAUCUGUCGGCUUCCUCAGUGUCCUCAUUCGAAACCUGACAAUAACUGAUACAGGAGAAUACAAAUUUAAAGCAGGCAGUAAAUGGUCUGAGGAUGUGACAUUACAUGUGCAACAUGAGCCCUGCUGUGGGACAUUAGAGAAACAGACGGCUGAUUUAGGAGGAACUGUUACCAUCAGAUGCAAAUAUCCAGAGACAUACAAAUAUUUUGCAAAGCUGUUGUUCAAAGUCCAGAAUGGAUCUCUACAGACGAUUUCUUCCACUCGAGGUGCAACUACAGGAGACAGAUUUUCUCUUAAUGUAAACUGGCAGGAAAAUGUCUUCACUGUCACUAUUAUUAAUGUGAAUAAACAUGAUGAUGGGGUCUAUGUCUGUGGAGCAUUCAACACAUUUGGAGAAAUUAGCUACAACUCCCUCUUAACAGAAGUUCAUCUUCAUAUUACAGAUCCAACAGGUGCAUCUGACAUCUAUGUGAUCAUUAUUAUGAGUGUGUGUUUGACACUACUGUUAAUUGGAGGACUGAGUUUGUUGUUGCUCAAGCUGAGACGUGAUGAAUCAAAUGGUUCAAUAUCAUCACCAAAUCAGACAAACACAAGAGAUUGUGAUGAGGUGUGUACUACUGUCUAUUAUGAGAAUCAGACACUGGAAUCCCUUUACGUGAACAUUAAACCGUAAACACGACAUCUCAACACAGCAGAUUUACACACCAGCCACAUCUAUUCUUAUGAUCAUUUUCAUUUCUUAAAGCGGCACUAUGUAACUUUGUGCUCUCUAGCUUCAUCUGUGGUUGAAACUUAAAGUUGCGAGAAAUUUGGACAUUUUACGUGAGUUGUGUUUCAGCACUGCUCUUCUGGAGAAUGAAUCACUUGAUUUGAGGUUACCUGGACAUCGCCUGUGUGUGAUCAUGACUGGAGAUAUUCACAGCUUGAGUCAUAAC